AUGGGUGAUAGUGAUGAUGAUUUUGAUAGCCGACGAAAUCGAGAUAAAUUUCGUCGUGAACGUGACGAUUUUCGACCUAAUCAUAAUCGAGGUGGUGGUGGUGAUUGGAAUGAUGGAAGAGAUCGAUCGAAUCAAUUUCGAAGACAAUAUCCAGGUAGUGGUGGACCACCACCAGGACGUGAUUUUCCACCUCGAUAUAAUCGAAGUCCUGGUCGAUACGAUAUGAGUCCACCACCACAUAAUAAACGUCCUCGUCGUGAUUGGGAUGGUCCUGAACAACCACCAGCACAUUUUGAUGCACCUGGUGGUCCAUCAUAUUUUCAUGGUGGUGGUGGUGGUGGCGGUGGAGGUUUUCAUCCAAAUUUCCCACCAAAUGUUCAUCCAUCUGCUGAUUCAUUUAAUAAAGACUCACCUGAUGGUGCAACACAACCACCGUUGUCAAGUUUUAAACAUUUUUUACAAGAUCAAGAUGAUAAUAUUGAUCAAGAAGAAGCAGUAAAGCGUUAUAAUGAUUAUAAAACAGAUUUUAAAAAAACUCAAAUUGGAGAAUUUUUUACAGCACACAAAGAUGAAGACUGGUUUAAACAUAAAUAUCAUCCAGAUGAAUAUUCAAAACGACGUGAAGAACAAAGAGAAAUUAUUAAAAAACGAUUGGAUGUAUUUAUGGAAUUAUAUAAUAAAAAUUAUUUAGAUGAUGUUAGUGUUGAUAUUGAUAAUCAACGUGCACUUACAAAAUUUCUUGAUGCUGUUGUUAUUAAAUUGGAAGGUGGUACAGAUCAUGAUCUUCGCGCACUUGAUGUUGCACCAUCAUCUAGUAGUACAACUAAUGAAAAUGAUGAUGGAGAUGAUGAUAUACCAAAGCAAUCAUCUAGUACUACUGGAAUACCAAAAUCAGAAAAAACUGAUAGUUCAACAUCAGUAAUAGUGAACGAUUCAAAGAAAUCUCCAGAACAAAAACGAAAGCGAGAGGGUAGUGUUUCCGAUGAUGGAGCCGUGUCUGAUGGCGGAGAUGAUGAAGAUGAUGUUGCUAAUGAAAAAGUAACAAAUAAUAUUAAGAAAGAACCAGUAAAAGAAGAAGAAUCAAAUAUAAAGAAAGAAAAUGGAACUGUAACUUCUGAAUCAAAAGAAAAUAAUGAAGUAAAAAUAUCUUCAGAAGAUACUGAACGAGAAGCUGGUGAAGUACCUGAUGCACCACGAUCAUUACAUCGCACAUUAUCAAUCUUCUUUCGUCAUUUAGCUAUGCAAACAACAAAAGAAGAUCUUGAAAAUAUGUGUAAACAAUAUUCUGGUUUUCGUCGUGUUUGUAUAACAGAUCCUGCACCUGAAAGAAAAUUUUGUCGACGUGGUUGGGUUACAUUUGAUCAUUCAGUUCAAAUUCGUAGUAUGUGUUAUGAACUUAAUUCAACAAAAUUACAUGAUGUUGAUGUGGGAGCAAUUAUUAAUCGUGAACUUAAAAAUCGUAUACGUACUAUAAAUGGAAUUGGACAACAUAAAACAAUUGUACGAAAUGAUCUUCGACUUAUAACAAAAAUAAUUCAACAAUUAGAUGAUCGAUGGAAUAUUUGGGAAACAUCAAAUAAUGAAAAUAUUAAAAAAGAAAUGGAAACAACAUCAACAGAUGAUUCCGAAAUAUCUUCAUCAACAGCAGCAUUAAUUCUAUCACCAAUUAAAAACAAACGGCCCAUUGGUUUUGUUAGUCAAAAUCCAUUAUUAAAAAAUAUAACUGAAUAUUUAGUUGAAGAAGCUGAUGCUGAAGAAGAAGAAUUACUUGGUGAUAGAACAAAUCAACAAGGUGAUUCGAAUACAUUUGAAAUUGAUAAAGAAUUAACAAAAGUACUUGAUCGUUUAAUACUUUAUUUACGUGUUGUUCAUUCAAUUGAUUAUUAUAAUGGAACAGAAUAUGCUCAGGAAGAUUCAAUGCCUAAUCGUUGCGGUGUUAUUCAUGUACGCGGUGCACCAUUAUCAUCAAUAACAGAAGCUGAAUUAACAAAUUUUAUGCAACAAUUUGAAUCACGUUUAAAACCAUUUAUUGAAUUUCGAGAAAAAUUAGAUGAUGAUGAAGCAAAAAAAUUAGGUGCAAAAAAUGAACAAGAUGAAGUAGAAAAAUUUAUUAAUGCUAAUUGUCAAGAAGUUGGUAAAGAUAAAUGGUCAUGUCCAUUAAGUGGAAAGAAAUUCAAAGGUCCGGAAUUUGUUCGAAAACAUAUUUUAAAUAAACAUCAAGAUAAAAUUGAUGAAGCGAAAAAAGAUGUUGUUUAUUUUAAUAAUUAUUUAUAUGAUCCAAAACGACCACAAUUACCAGAACAUCCAUCAUCACGAUCAGGAGCAUCAUUAACUGGAUCUCAUCCAUCAGGCUUACCAUUACCGACACCUUCAGCAGGAAUGCCUGUUCAAGGAUUAAUGAAUCGACCACCAAUGUGGCCAUCAAUGUCUGGACCAAACCAUUCUGGCCCACCAGGUCAUUACUAUAAUCAAUUUCGUCAUCCACGACCAACAUUUAUGUAUCAAGGUCCAGGUGGACCAAUACAUCGACCACCAAAUAUUCCAUUAGAUAUGUUAAUGUCUCCAGCAAUGAAUCGACAAUUAAAAAGUUAUGAAGAUCUUGAUGCACCAAAUGAAAUGUUACUUUAA